CAGGACCCGACAACCACCGUUGCAACGCCUAUGGCUCACCACGAACUUCCGCACGACACGUCCGAUUCCAAGUUGCGAUGAGACGAGGGGAGAACCCGGGUACAACCGCCAAUACUACUAGUCAGGGACAAUUCCGAACUCCAGAUAAGCCUUCCAGGAUCCGCCCUACGACAGGUUCUAACGCGUCCAAAGGGGCGUCGGCCAGAACAGACCCCCCCGCGUCCUCGGCAUCAACGUCGAGAUCCUGGAAGAGAAGCACUGUCCCCGACCUGCGAGAUCAAACGACUCUCACACAGAUUGAUUUCGUCACACCGAUAUCCCAGGACCCAGAGUCGAAUGAUGAUGAUCUCGACUAUAUUGGGGACCGAUCCCGCAGUCGCCCGCAGAAAAGUCACGAGGUGAUUGAGAUCGAUGAUGACUCCGACCAUGAUGCCGAUUAUGAGCCUUCGUCGCGUCCGCAGCCGCAUCGUAUCCGUGGCGUCAAGUUCGAGCAAGGUGCAAAGGAUGCCGGCUCCAAGCAAAAGCGAAGAAGCUCUCAAGGCGGAGGCGAGAAGAAGCAGAAGCGCAGAAAGAGCGGCGAAGGCAGCAAUACCAGCAAGAAGGAUAAGGACAAGGCAAAGGGUCAUAAGACCCUUACGCAAAUGGACUAUGUGCGACGGUAUCUGAAGAUCGAACCAGAUGAUGAUAUGAAGCUGGAGUACACCUACAUAAAUCCGAAAAAGAGCGAUGAUCGGACAAUGCACUCCAAGGAUACUGGGGACCAGAUACCGCAAAAUGGCCCUCAACAAGGUUUGAGCGAGCGUAAGAUGCGAAAACUGAAAAAUGAUCCGGGCGCAGCGAUAGCAACGGAGGCUGCAAAAGAUCAAGCACGAAUAUCGGGGGAUCCAGUCACGCCGCAAAAACGACUCAAGUUCGAAAUACCUUCGUCUCAAUCUCCCGAAAGCCCCGGCAUCGCAAUCAUCACGUCUUCCCAGUUCCAUAGCGCCACUCGUUCUCCACGGGAGCAUGUGUCUGCGAGACUCGCCAGCCGUUGCAUCAAGGAAGAAUCACCGACCUUGAAUCGCAUCAAAGAAGAAUCUAUUCCGGAGUCAGAGCCUAUGUUACAAUUCCCUGACGAUUCAUUGACGCAGUCUGUUGUGCCAAACUCGCCACUAUCCAAUCGAAACACAGCCAGUAACGCAUCCACCAACGCACCAGCCGGUCAAUCAGAGUCUCCGAAGAAGCCAACCCUAUUUGAAGAAACCACCGAGACCUUACACGAUAAAGAAUGUCCAGCGAAUACACAAAGAACAGUGAUCUACGAGACAGAUGCGGAGACAGAUUAUGGCGACCUCGAAGAGGAAUUACCGGACGCUCCGGGUUCCCCAACUCCAGAACCAGUUGGCCAUGGCCCUACGACUGGUGACCUUGCCUUUGACUCCUCGAAAGAAGACUCGCAAGACCAAGAUCUUCCACCUAUGAACCCAUCAGAGCUAGACGUUGAAACGGAGCCACCGCUUCCGGAACUAAACCCAGCCUCAGAAUCAUCUAUAUAUUACCAGAGAAUGCCAGCCACCCAGUUUCCCCUUGGUACAAUACCGACUUUGAGCUCCCAGAGAUUGGCCGAGCUCUUCCCUGAGGAUUCGUCCGACCAACUCUUGAAGACCAUGUCACCGCUACCAUCAUCUCCCAGAACUGAAAGCCAUCCAAUGCCAAAACCUGACCUGCCAGUUAUAGGCCAGACUCAAGCACAAAAUGCUGCAAAGACCCCGACGGAGGUCGUCCCUGAGUCCUCUCCCAUCACACGUCAUGGAAACAGCACCAAAGCCAAGGGGUUGAUGCCCCCUGAACCCCUUGCUCGAAGGGACGUGGUACAAGUGGAGUCUUCACAGCCAGCAGACCGACUCCACAAGCAGAAUAAGGAGGAUAGUUCCGGCCCUCGUGGAAUACUGUCAGGCAGCCAAAUCCUCACAUCGAGUGUGAUGGAGAGCGUGCCCCUCCCGGCAUUCCUGAUGGAUAGUCAAGAUAGCGUGGGAGAACCCUACAGCUUACCAGACUCGUAAAGAGUAUGGGACAAACCCGACCUGGCACCGCCAUAUAAAUCACGAAAUUAACGAGCAACGGCCAAACAUACACCAUAAUACCAAUUAGAUAUAUAUAUUCUUGAC